GGUUAUGGUCCUCUCACUCAUGUGGCACGGUAAAUCGCAUACAUAGCUACCAAGGCAUUAUAUUUUGGAGCACAGUCUUUAGGUAUUACCCCAUAAUGAUGGAAAAUUACAUUCUCUAAUAUGUUGCAACAUUAUUGUUCCAUCAUAAGAGUAAACGGGUCAUAAAAUGGCCAGUUUGCAGUCAGGAUAUCUCUACAUCUACCAUUUCAAUUUCCUUGACCUGAAACGAUUCAGAGUGACAAAGAUGCAAUAAAAGCAAAUAAAUAGGUUACGGGGCAAACAUUUCCACACAGCGCUGUAUGACAGAAGUUGUUUACCUUUCUGAAUAGAGGCCCUGAUUUGAUUUUGGAAUUGAUGAUUUUUCAAUGAAAAGUCAAUUGUGUCAUGCAAUGGUCUUAGUUGGCAUUUACAUGGAAUUGCCCAGUUACUAGUGCAGUAAUGAUCUUCUCUAAUUCCAGAUAAAGCAAUGGACGAGGUGCCUGAAAUGGACCAAGAUAUUAAAACCGAAGAGGAUGAGUCGUCUACUGGUCCUUGCCCAGGGUCUCUGAAGCUCAUCGUUAUUAAGAAAGAAGAAGAUGAAGAUGAAGAUGGAGAAAAGGAGGAGGAGGAGGAGGAGGAGGAGGUGUCUAGUGUUCCUGGCCCUAGGCGUCCGAGGAUGAUGAUGCUCAAUGAGGAGGAAGAGGAGGUGAAACACAGCACAGAGGGUGAAGGCCAAAGUGUCCGAUCUAAUGGAAGCCAGAAUGGAGAGGACAACACUAAAGGAACACAUCAUCAAACCAAACCCAGAUUCCCAUGCUCUGUUUGUGGCAAGAGCUUCCCUGACAAGAUCAUCCUCACAAGGCAUCAGAUACAGCAUCAUACUGUAAGGACGCAAUUUCAGUGUUCUCAGUGUGGAAAGAUAUUUAACCGCCAGUGCGACCUGAAAAACCAUGUGAGGGCACAUUUAAAGGAAAAACCAUAUCCAUGCCCACAUUGUUGGAAGAGCUAUUCUUCCAAGUGCCGCUUUGAGAAGCAUCAGAUGAAGCACUACCAGGAACUUCAUGAAGGGGGCCUGGAUAUACAUAAGACCACACAUGUAGAAGAAAAACCAUAUCAGUGCCCACAGUGUAGGGGAAAGGGAUUUAAUGGCAGGACCCGCUUUGCGAAGCAUCUGUUGUGGCACUUUGAAAAAAACGACUACCAUAAAAUUCUUAAAAAGAGCCCGAGAAUACAUGAGACCACACAUGUAGAAGGAAAGCCAUAUCAGUGCCCACCGUGUGGAAAGAGAUAUGCUAUACAAAAAUUGUUGUUGAAUCAUGUGAUGAAGCACUUUGAAGCAAACAACCACCACAAACUCCUGAGGAAGAUGAUCAAUGAAGAAGGACAGGAAGAGGAGAUGGAGUACAUCACCGAGGGUGAAGGCCAAAGUCUCCAAUCUAAUGGAAGCCAGAAUGGAGAGGACAACAGGAAAGGAAGACGUCGUCAAGCCAAGACAUUUCCAUGCUCUAUUUGUGGAAAGAGCUUCACUGACAAGAUCAACCUCUCAAGGCAUUGUACGCACAAGCACAAUCCCAGGAACCAGCAGAGAUUUCUCCAUAAACAUCGGUGCUCUGAAUGUGGAGAGACCUUUAGACGAAUGGACCAUCUCAAGCAGCACCAGAGGACCCAUACAGGGGCAAAGCCAUGUGAGUGUUCACAGUGCGGAAAGAAGUUUAGUCAUAUGCGCUAUCUCGAGACACACCAGAGAGUCCAUACAGGGGGCAGGCUGUUUGAGUGUGCACAGUGUGGGUACGAGUGUAUCCUUCAGUCCAGAUUCACAAGGCACAUGGCAGUCCACGCUGGAAAGGGAUCCAUCAGAAAGAGACCAUCUAAUGUUCACUUGAGGAACACACACAUGAGGAAGAAAAAAGCAUCCGAGUGCUGUCUUUGCAAAAAGACUUUUGCUCUGAAGAAGGAUUUCCAAUCCCACCAAAGGCGUCCACAUUGCUCUCUAUGUGGAACAGAGUUUUCUUCAAUUGCUUGGCUAAGGAAACACGAGAAAAGGAUCCAUUCUGGCCAAAAUAUGAUCACAUUUCCAGAAUGGGAAGGAUCAAUGAGUGAAGGCCAAAGUGUCCAAUCUAAUUCAAGCCAGAAUGGAGAGGACAACUGGAAAAGAAGACGUCGUCAAGCCAAGACAUUUCCAUGCUCUGAUUGUAAAAAGAGGUUCACUGAGAGGAAAGGCCUCACACACCAUCAUGCAGUUUUUCAUGCUGUAAAGAAGCAAUUUCAGUGUUCUCAAUGUGAGAGAAAAUUUCACCGGCAGAGCCACCUGACAGCACAUAUGAUCGCACAUUCAGAGGAAAAACCAUAUGCGUGCCCACAGUGUUUGAAGACCUAUACUUUCUGGAACGGCCUUCAGAAGCAUCUGUUGACGCACUCUAGUGAAAACAACUACCAGGAACUUCCUGAAGGCGGAGGGCAAUUUGAGGAAGAAGAGGAGGAGGAGGCAUCAAGCGUUCCUGUCGCAGGGUGUCAGAGGAUGAUAAUGAUGAUCAAUGAAGAAGGAGAGGAAGAGGAGAUGGCCUACAGAGCAGAGGGUGAGGACAGGAAAGAUCAAGAUGGUGAGGGCCAAAGUCUCCAAUCUAAUGGAAGCCAGAAUGGAGAGGAGAACACAAUGUGCUCUAUUUGUGGAAAGAGCUUCGUUAGCAGCAUCAACCUCAAAAGGCAUGAGAUACGGUUUCAUACUGAGAAGAAGCUAUUUCAGUGUUCUCAAUGUGGGAAGAUAUACAAACGCCAGUGCGAACUGACGAGACAUCUAAACAGACACUCUGAAGAGAAGAGGAAACUCCAUGAAGGAGGGGGGCAAUUUCAGGAGAAGGAAGAGGAGGAGGCGCCUAGCUCUCCCGGCCCAGGGCCUCUUCUGACGCCUGAAUUGGACCAAGACAUUAAAACCGAAGAGGAUGAUGAGUCGUCUACUGCCCCUGACCCAGGGUUUCUGAAGAUCGGCGCUAUUAAAGAAGAAGUAGAGGAGGAGGAACUGGAGAGAGCACCUAUUGAGGAAGAUGUAGAAGAAGAAGGAGAGGGAGGAGAAGAAGAGGAGAUGGAGAAGUCGUUUAGUGUUCCUGGCCCAGGGCGUCACAGGAUGAUGUUGAUCAAUGAAGAAGGAGAAGAGUCGGAAGAGUUUUGGUCAUGA